CGUCGCGUAACAAUAUGGCUUCCCAAAUUACGAAAGACCAAAGUUUUUUCGAUCCUCAAGUCUACCUUGACAGUUUUUUCGAUCAACCAGAGAAAGAUCAAUUCUUUCUAGUAAAACUUAACAAUUUCUGGACUCAAGUUGUAAGAGAAAAAGCGACUAGAAUGCUGGAAUAUGGCGCUGGACCAACCAUUUCAAGGUUCAUCACUGCCUCGAAUCACGUCCAAAGUAUCAUAGCAGCUGAAUAUCUACCAGCAAAUCGACAAGCCAUGAAAGACUGGAUCAAUCAAGACCCUAAAGCUUUUAACUGGAGACCGACUUUUGAAUAUGUGGUGCAGAAGCUGGAGGGUCUGUCGACCGAAGAAGUUGAUAAGAGAGAGGCUGCAGUUCGAGAGAAGAUCAAAGCUGUGAUACAUUGCGAUAUUAAGGCACAAAACCACMUYGAAAUUCCUGAGRAAAUCSCUGCAAAGUUCGGCCCACCAUUCGAUGUCGUGCAAACAUCUCUUUGUCUUGAGGCUGUAGUCGAUAGUUUCGAAGAGUAUAAAGAUCAAGUURCAUAUCUCGCAGGUCUGGUUCGUCCUGGUGGCUAUCUACGCAUGCAAGGUGUGUUAGAGCAAACAUUUUACACUGUYAAGGAGAAGUUAUACACAUUUUAUUUGACGAAGGAAAUGGUGYUAGAAAGCAUGAAGGAAGCAGGAAUCACUAACGUUGUUAUGGAAUUGGCUACUGACUAUCUUAACGUUAAUGAAUUCAAUGCGCUUCCGUUCGCGGACCUUAAAGAUAUGUUUGUAGCCUACGGGCAAAAGUAGCAUGGUGCAGUCGGCGUUAAGGCAUUUAAUAGUAUACCCAGGCCUGUUGUUGGUACUUAAUUGUUUUAUGGUCAUAUAAAUCAGUCAACCCAAAAAGAUUUCCAUUCAAUGUCCAUUGGCAUGUAAAAAUUUGCAAUCAACCUAAUCUAAGCCUUAGCUUACUCAGUUUGCUCAAGUUGAAAAUUUUCCCGCUUUUGUACAAUUUGAACCUUCGUUCCUCGUCUUCAGCAGCCAUUUGAUUUCAAAUUCUGGUUAUCAGUUAAAGAUCCAGAGUGUGAUUUGAGUCGAUUUGUUUUGCUUUUGCUGUACAAUGAAUUUUGGUGGUCUUCGGCUGCUCAAUGAAAAGUUCAUAAUC